AUGGCUGACCUACAGACAUGCCUCAUCCAGCCGCACGAAGGCAAAGGGAAGCCCGUUGUUUCGCAGACACAACCUGUCCCCAAGUUGAAGGGAGCGCAUGAUGUCCUGAUCCGCGUCUCCGCCGUUGCGUUGAAUCCAACGGAUUACAAGAUUCCGGAAUUCCACCCUACACCCGGCGCAAUCCUCGGUUGCGAUUUCACAGGAACAGUCGUGGAGGCUGGCUCAGAGGUUCACGAUAUCCCUCCUGGCACUCGUUUGUGCGGCUCUGUUCAAGGCUCGAAUCCUGCGUGUCCUGAGACGGGCGCUUUUGCCGAGUAUGUAGUGACAGAUUCGCGUCUUUUACUUAAAGUGCCAGACUCUUGGAGCGACCUGGAAGCCGCAGCAUUGGGAGCCAUUGGGUGGGCAACCGUGGCCUUGGUCGUGGAAGACUCUUUGGGCCUUCCAGGUUUGCCAUCUAAGCCUGCACCUUUGCGAGCCGAUGGAACCCGUACUCCUGUCCUGGUUUACGGCGGCGCGACGGCAACUGGGACGAUGGCGUGCCAAAUCCUGUCUAGUGCAGGUUAUGAUCCGAUCGUUACAGCCUCGGAUGCAUCAUCCGCCUUGGUGAAGGAAUUCGGCGCCGUCACAUCAGUGCCUUACUCCUCGCCAACAUGCGGAGAGACCAUCCGUAAGCACACAAAGGGCACUUUACGACAUGCGCUUGAUUGCAUUACUACACCUGAGUCCCUCGAGGCUUGCUUCACGGCCAUCUCUCGUACAGGCGGACGGUACGCGUGUCUCGAGUACGCACCCGAGGAAUGGAGAACAAGGAAGGCGGUCAAGGUGGAUUUCCCCAUCGCAUAUGUUAUGUCUGGACAGGAAGUGAAACUCAACGGUGUCUUUCACCGCCCUGCCGACGCAAGCAAGUUUGACCUCGCGGUCCGUUGGCGACAAGAAGUGCAGAACCUUCUAGAUCAAAAGCGCCUGCGAUGCCACCCUGUACGUGAAAUUCCGGGAAAAUGGGAUGGAAUCGUCAAGGGAUUGGACAUGCUGAAAGCCGGCGAAGUGCGCGGAAAGAAACUCGUCAUCAGACUAUGA